CUCUGACCUCCAGUCUCGUCCAAUGGCGUCGCAGCUUGUUGCGGACACAGCGUCGCUGUUGGCAACGGACAUCAGUUUCGGCCGAUCUGUGUCAGAAGCUUCAGUUUCAUCCGAAUACUCUCGACAUCGAGCAGCUUCCGGAGCUCAGUGUUCUUUAAACUUCUGGUUUGCUCCGGUGUUGCUCUCGUGUCGACGUCGAUCCUGGAUUUAUUUUCUUUUCAGUAAAAUAAAAACAGUUUGCGUGCGGAUGAGUCGCGUUAGCCAAUUAGCUUGCUAGCUAGCGUUAGCACACAGGGCUAAUCUCCUCGCCGCGGGUUAAUCCCGGUUUUUCUUUCCAGUGGAGAAGGAAGAUGGAGCUGCACCUGAACCGAGUGGAUUACAUCCAGGUCGGUGUGACCUCUCAGAAGACGAUGAGGCUGCUGCCAGCAUUGGGAAAAAAGGCCACUCAAAAGGUUGCUAUUGCUGAUCACGAUGGUAUCUUGACAUGUUUUGGGAUGAAGAAGGGAGAAGCAGUGCCUGUGUUUAAAACGCUCCCCGGGCAGAAAAUAUCCAGAAUAGACCUCGGAGGAGCUGCGGGGACGCCGCAGGAGAAGAUCUUUGUUUGUUCUGGUUCUCAGGUCCGAGGAUUCACCAAGAAAGGAAAACAGUUCCUCACCUUUGAUGCCAACCUCACUGAGACCAUUAAUGCCAUGCACGUCUCAGGCGCUGACCUCUUUGUUUGUGCAAGUUACAUCUACAACCACUACUGUGACUGCAAGGACCAGGACUACUAUCUGUCUGGAGACAAAAUCAAUGAUAUCACGUGUUUGUCAUCAGAGAACCUGACUCGCCUCAUUCCGGUCCUCGCAUGCCAAGAUCGGGUUCUCCGAGUCUUGCAGGGAUCUGAGCUUGCAUAUGACAUUGAAGUCCCCGGCCCUCCGUCCGUCUUAGAAAUGUACAACAAAGACGGAGGAGAGGAAGUUCUCUUUGGAACUACAGAUGGUAAAAUUGGUUUGGUCCAGAUCGGUGAGCAAUCAGCUGCAACCAAAUGGGAGAUCGACAAUGACAAAAAGAAAGGAGGAAUUCUUUGCAUUGAUACUUACGACAUUAUUGGAGAUGGAGUCAAUGACAUUCUGGUGGGCAGGGAUGACGGGACGGUCGAAGUUUACAGUUUCGACAGCUCCAGUGAACCCACUUUACGCUUUGAUCAUGUUCUAUCAGAGAGCGUGACUUCCAUCCAGGGUGGCUGCGUGGGGAAGGAGUCUUAUGAUGAGGUCUUGACUGCCACAUACACAGGAUGGGUGACAGGUUUAACCACUGAGCCCCAGAAGACCGAGGCCGGCCCUGGAGACGAGGUCAGGAUGAGUAAGGAGACUCAGUCCAAAGUAGAAGCACUCAGGGCCGAGCUGGACCAGCUGCAGGUCAAAGUCCUGCAGGGACGAGAGCAAUACCAGCAGACGUCUCAGUCGAGCACGGCCGUCUCCGCUGUGCCCGUCUUUAGCAUUAAUGACAAGUUCACCCUCUGCCAGGACGACGCCAGCUACAGCCUCACUCUGGAGGUGCAGACCGCCAUCGACAAUCUGCUGCUCCAGAGCGACGUCCCCAUUGACCUGCUGGAUGUGGAUAAAAACUCAGCUGUUGUGAGUUUCAGUGAAUGUGACUCUGAGCAGCCCAACGGGAACUUCCUCCUGGCCACGUACAGAUGUCAGGCAAACACAACCAGACUUGAGCUCAAGGUGAGGUCCAUUGAGGGACAAUAUGGAACCCUGCAGGCCUACAUUACCCCAAGAUUGCAACCCAAGACCUGCCAGGUCCGCCAGUACCAGAUCAAACCUCUGUCCCUCCACCAGCGCACACACAGCAUAGACCAAGACAGGCCCAUGAACAGGCUCAGUCUGGUGGGACAGUUCAGUUUUGCUGAGAUCCACUCCUGGGUGGUCUUCUGUUUGCCAGAGGUCCCUGAGAAAACACCAGCCGGAGAGAGCAUCACUUUUCAUUUCCAGAACACUUUCCUCGGCACACAGCUUGAAGCCAAUUACUGCAAAGGAGAGGGUCACUUCAGGUCAGACAACAUCUCCACCAUCUCCAUACUAAGUGAUGUCCUCUCUAAAGAAGCCACCAAGAGGAAAAUCAACCUCAACAUUUCAUACGAUAUCAACGAUGACUCUGUGAGUCACACACUCAACAUGAUCCAUCCAAAGCUGGAGUACCAGUUGUUGCUGGCUAGAAAGGUUCAGCUAAUUGAUGCUCUUAAAGAGCUUCAGGUUCACGAGGGGAACGCCGACUUCCUCAUCCCAGAGUAUCGCAACAUCUUAGACGAGUCCGUGAAUCUCCUCGAGGAGUACAAGAAGCAGCCGGCACACCUCGAGAGGCUUUAUGGAAUGAUCACAGACCUCUUCAUUGACAAGUUCAAAUUCAAAGGGCAGAAUGUGAAAACCAAAGUCUCCUCAUUACUGGAGAUACUCGAUAAUUAUGACCUGAAUUCUCUGUUAGACUUUUUCAGUGAGGCAUGAUGUCAUAGAGUUGAGCUAUUUUUGUACAGUAAACACAGAGGUUUUGUUUCAUGGUAGACGUGUCAAGUGUCAAAAUAUCACGUUGUCAUACUGUCAUUUAGAUACUGUUGGUCCUAAAUGUUGUGUACGAUAUUUAAAUAUUUAUAAUGUAUUUUGAUAGCAUCUAAAAACAAGAGUGGCGUUUAAUAAACUGCUCAAAGUUU